AGAAAUAUGCCGCAAAUUCACGAUUGAUAAUUCCGUUUUAGAGCCGUGUUUAUAUAUACCUUUCAUCGUUGGCUGUGAGAAAUAUCAGAUUUCCCAGUUUCAUAAAACGAACCAUGAGGACCUGGGAGUAACGUAGCGCGCCACAGGAAGUUGGAGCACAUGCUGGUUCCUUGCUACUUCCCGUCCAGGUGAGCAUGGCCAAGCAGGCCACGGCCGGACGCCGCUACCUGCGCUUCUUUGUGAGUGGUUUCUUUGUGGCUGUCCCCGUCACAGUGACCUUUCUGGACCGCUGGGCCUAUGUGGCUAGGGUGGAGGGGGCGUCCAUGCAGCCUUUUUUGAACCCCGAAGGAGUAUUGGAGGGUGAUGUGGUCCUCCUGAACCGCUGGAGUGUAAGGAACUAUGAGGUGCAGAGAGGUGACAUUGUGUCCGUCAUGUCACCAAGGAACCCUCAGCAAAAGAUCAUUAAGCGGGUCAUCGGUCUGGAGGGAGACUUCAUCAGGACACUGGGCUACAAGAAGCGCUACGUGCGCGUUCCUGACGGGCACCUCUGGAUCGAGGGGGACCAUCACGGCCACAGUAUGGACAGCAACACUUUUGGCCCGGUGUCACUGGGGCUGCUUCAUGGUCGGGCGUCUCAUAUCAUCUGGCCUCCUCGCCGCUGGCAGCGCAUCCAAGCUGACCUCCCGCCAAACCGAGGACCGCUGUACACUGAUGAAGACCAGGACUGAACAAGAUGAACAA